AGCAGGAAGUGCAUCUUAGACAAUUUAAUAAUAUGUAUACACCGUAUUGACUGACACGACACAGGGUGAUUUCAAAUGGUAGCUGCGCGAUAAGUGAUAGCUUCCUGACCGUCAUGAUUACUGAGACAUACACUGAUAUUGAGCAUGACAGUCACACAAGGUAAGAUACCUGUAUGUUUAACUAAUGCGAUCCAGGGUGGUUGUAACGGAGUAUAUUUUACCUUGAGAAAACACGGAUAUGAACCACCCAUCAGAAAGUUAUUUUAGUCAGUUUUGUGAACUUGAGGUGCAUGGUCAACAGUGGUAUAGAAGAUCAUCAGAACGGUGCGGGACCAUAAAGAAAACGGAAUACACAGGAAACGUCAGCUGCAUGUGUAAUUAUCUCCUUAAAUUGUGUCUGCCUGUUUUGUGAACUAGGUCACUGCACCAGAUUCUUUGCUCAUCGUGUGCAUGUUUGACUCAGUUUGGGAGAUUUUGAAAUGCAUUUCACUGUAAACUUGCAUAAAAACUCAGUAACGAAUUGGAUGAAGUGGAAACAUGAAUAACACCAUUCUUGUGCACUUAUCUCAUUAAAUUGUGUCUACCUGUGAUGUAAGCUUGAUGAUACAGUCAAAAACCGUAUAGACCAUGACGAUUGUCAAAUACUUCUUGAUACGCACAUACCAUUGUAAACUAGAAUGAAAAACACCGAAAACUCCAUAAAGAAGUGCAUAAAGUGGAGAAAACAGCUACAUUCUAGAUACUAAUUAUUACGAUUAAAGUUUGAAUUGAAGUUUAUCCGUUUUGCAACCAUAAGGUCAUCAGUUCGUGAUCUCACCAGAGGAUUGAGUCAACGAAUGACCUGAAAGUUGAAAUUGUGUAUUCUUCGAUCUAUCGGACACCUUUGGAUAAAAAAUGUGUACAAGAAGGGAAUUUAAUGCCUUUCCGACCUCAUGAGUCAGUAAACUGCCAUUUUGUUAUGAAAGGUGAAGUGAAGGAUUUGCUGUGACUCACAGUUCAGCUAAGCCCGAUGUAUUUUAAGAUUCUGUGUUUCACAAUAAGGGGAAAUAACUCAACGCCAGCCAUUCUUUAAUCAUCGCAGCGACGUGCACGAUUUUCUCUAAGAACUUACAUUUUGUGUAACUUCGAUUAUUCAUUUUUAACCAACAGAGUACCUGAAAUAUGUUUAAAACGUGACGUUGAAAUUAUUACGGGAUACACUGCAUAUAUUUGGAUUAAUAGUUUAAGAACAGAGAGAUCAAAACCGUUGCAAGGAGUAUAUACUGGCUGUGUCAUGCAGUUUUAAAUAUUGAAAUAUGAGUUAUGUGAACAUAAGGGUAGUCUAUGAAGUCCAUAUGGCAGAGCGGUUGAACGACCAAAGAGGAAACAGUUGAUGUGAAGAAAGUUUACACCGGAUUUGGUGAUAUGAAAAUAAAGACUAUAUUUAUCAGCAUUGUGAAAAUAACCACGAGUACUCAGUGCCUUGUCGUCGUCUGAAAUUAUAGAAGAGGGAAUUCUGAGUGAAGUUCACAUACGGCUAACCAAGCAAACGGCGAACGAAUUUGUGAGGAAGUUUUAGGUGUUCAGUCUGCGCCAUGUAAAGGACAAGGUAGGAAAGAAAACCCAUUGCAGGCAUGGCUUCUAUGACGACUGAAUACUCUCUGGAACUGGACACGCUGGAAGAUGAUGUUCCAUACAAUUCCUCGGACUACGUCACCGGGAUGGUCACACCCUUAUACAUCAGUCUCAUCUUCAUUAUUCAUACUCCGCUAUGGAUACUCACAGUCUUCGGCAACUCCCUGGUCGUGCUCGCCGUUUUCCGCGAGCGCAACCUUCGACAACCGACCUACGCCCUGAUCGCCACCCUUGCCGUCACGGACUUAAUCUUUCCCCUUUUCGGCUACCCGCCGUCGAUAUACGCCGUGAUCGUGGAGAAUCGGUACACAUGUUCGAUCGGGACUCGGAAGUAUUUCUUUGUGUUGACAUACACCUGUGCAGCGGCUUCCUUCUUUCACAUCAUAGCAAUCACUUUCGAACGGUAUAUCGGUGUGUUGAAGCCGUUGCGAUACCAUGAUAUCGUUACAAUGAAACGCAUCGUUCUCCUUGAGGUGUUCAUAUGGUUGAUGAGUCUCCUGAUCGGUGCGAGUGCCGUCUUGAAACCAACUGGCACAGAUACCAUGCGGCCCGACUGCAAGGAAGCAGGUUCAUCGCCCACCUUUUCGUUCGUUUCCUUCAUCCUAUUGACGCUGGGGUUCCUCGUCAUCACUUUAAUUUACCUACACAUCUACCGGAUCGCGAGGGGCCACUGGCAAGAUAUGGAGGCGGAACGAGAAAAAUCUUUUGCCCUGGGAAAUAAAAAAUCUCUAAGAUCCGACAGCCAGAGCAGCAACGACGCCAGACAGUUCAAAGCCACAAAGACAAUCGGCAUCAUCAUUGUACUCUUUGUCAUAUGUUGGUUGCCGACGGCCACAAGGUACUUCUUCGAAGGAAUAGGGGUAUCCGUCCUUAUCAAUUGGACAACGUGGAUUGUUGUCAAGCGAAGCUCGGAGACAUUCUGGCUCUUGAACGGGGCCAUCAACCCGCUUGUCUAUGCCAGGAGGAACUUGCGGUUUAGGAAUGCUUUUAAAGACAUUAUCAAGUGUUUAGUAAAGAGGUGUACGUGCUCUACAGAGUCGAAAUCUAGGGAAUGUUAUAUGUCCUCCUCAAAGACUAGACCGUCCUUGUCGUCGAACAUUACACUCGCAUGAC